AUGCUCACCCUUCCCGCCAUAUCCGUCCCCCUGCAUUCUAGUUCUCUCUCCGACUCGGGUGCCGCCUACCAUCACCACGAAUCCGCUCCAAAAUUCCCUCAUACCCGCGCGCAGCUCUUGGCGGUUGCCAGACAGUAUAGGUCUUCAGAUGUCUAUGACACCGAUCCAGAAGGCGAAGAUGCCCGCGUGAAUUCUGCCUUCGUAGCAAAGAUUGCCACUCUUCUCGAUAACGAGCACGAGGAUGAGGUCAAGGCUGUCCUCAAAGAGACUUUCGGGCCGUCCAUGGACGAGGAAGAGCUCGAACAGCAUGUCCUAGAUCUGAUGCACAAGCACAAGGACGACGUAGACAACGUCCCGUUCCACUUUCUCACCCCAACUCGUCGACCCAUAUCUCGACCUUCCUCCAGGGCAUCUACUCACUCUGCUCGUCUCAUUCCCAAUCGCCCAGACACACCAAAUUCUGCUCCAAGUUCCCCUCUGGCCAUGAUAUUUCGUAGGCCGCACACUCCUUUGACUUCUCCCUUGGGUGGUCAUCUCCAAUCUUCGUCGUAUAUCACGGCGCGGAGCGAGUCUCCAAGUACUUCCCCAGUGUUCGUCCAUGCACAAUUUGCUGCUAGUCUUCCAUCUUCGCCUAUGUCAUCCCCUCGCAUUCUCAACGCCAAAGCUUCAGAGUUUAGGCCAAUACCUCGCCCGCUCUCCGCGGCGUCGUCCAACCCUGCCUCGUUAGUUGCACUUCGAGCGGAGACACCAUCACCAGACCUAUGGGCCAAUCCGUCACGCCCCACAUCCAAACUCGCCAUUGCUGCUCCUCUGACUCCAGACAGCGCGCUCCUUCCGCGAGCAGUCACACCUAGUUCAUUGCGUUCGUCUCUGCGCCCUGACGAGCACGACGACGAGGAAGAUCCGUUUGAUCCCUUCGCGGCAAGUAACAUACCACGCUCGUUCCACCCGGUGAACUCUACGGAUCUGGAUGCGCCUUGGUCUAAUUCGCCGAUGUCUGUGUCCUCCAUGCCAGACGAUGCUCACUUCCAUUCGUCAAACAGCGGAGAUGUGCACUCACAGACCCAGUCAACGCAAUCCCCUGACAGUGAUACCGACAUGGAUCCAGAGGCCGAUGCGAUGCUCACCGACGGCAUGACACCUUUCGACGUUCUCAGCUCUGUCUUUGGAGCAACGCUCGCUCCAUCAGAGUUGGAAGAAGCACUGGCGACUAACGGGUACGAUUUUGAGCGUGCAAUGUCCUGGCUUGUAGAUCGAGCUCUCGUCAACCCGCCUGGGCCUCAGCAUACUCCCGGUCCUCAGGGUAGAGCACAGUCCCUGGGGAACAGAGUGAUGAUGAUUCCAAGAGACGGGCAAACUGGUAUGGUUCGUGGUGGAAGGGCUGGAUACGGAAAUGCCAAUGGAUCAGCAGCUAGAAACGCUCCGCGUUACGUCAACGGACGUCCCGUACCGGGCGGUAAUAGAGUAUGCAGGUACUUUCUGGCUGGAGAGUGCUUGCGCGCCGACUGUCGCUUCAGUCAUGAUCUCGAACGGGCAUUGUGCCGGUUUUGGCUACGUGGUACCUGCGCGAAGGGCGAAAAUUGCGAGUUUCUACACCAUCUACCGAAGGAUAUUGAUGUAUCGGGCGUCACCCAAGCGAUGUCUCGUGCGGAGAUUAAUCCCGGAGUAUCCGAGCCAGGUCGCAGUGCUUCUCCGGAUGAAUUCCCAACGUUGAACUAUGCCUCCGCGCCUGGCAAUUCAGGGCGAAACAAGAGAGGCGCCUUUGGCUAUGGACGCGACGACGGUCCAUAUCACGAUCCUAGUCGGACAAGAUUUGCUGCUGCAGUGAAAAGAACAACACCCAUAGUGCCCCAAAUGGCUUCACCGACCCAGUCUUCAAAAGAUCCGGCAUUGAUCGUGGCUCGUCGUGAGGCUAUGGGGCCCUCUGGUGAGCCCCUGCAUCACAAUACCGCUAUCGUAGCUCCGAAGCCGUCUCCCCGCGUUAAACUUCGGCCCGCGAGUUUACUUCCUACGUUACCCACUGGGGAGUCUGUCAACUCCUUGUACAUGGCGUAUCGGUCGAGAGCACUGCGUCUAGGCGCAGCGCGCAACGCGUGUCUCUCAAGAGCAGCCGACGCGUGGCGGAGAGGUGACGGUGCAGCAGCCAAGCGUUUCAGCAGAGAAGGACACGACCUCAACGCCAGGAUGAGUGCAGAGAUGGUGGACGCCGCUGGCAAGCUGGUCAGAGAACGCGCGAGGCUUGCUGAACAGGCCGCGCGGGCUCGAGACACCUCGUGGUCGGACGACUACGGUGAUAGAGCGGCUCGAGGUCGCCUCUGUGGUGCAGGACUGGGAGUGUGCUUGGGCAUCGCGAGCCAUACUGUUGGGGGAGAGAGUCAGAAACUUACUCCAGAAGAAAGGACCGAAGUUAUGUUGGACCUCCACGGUUUACACUCUGCGGAGGCAACUGAGGUCAUGGAACAAUUCUUACUGGCGCUGGAGCGGGAGCACUUCUACGGAUUGGCCUAUUUGAUCGUUGGAGAAGAAAAGCACACGGGAACGCAGGAUCCUGCUCGUGGUGCCUCCCGGGCUCGCCUUGCCACCGGCGUUCGCGAGUGGCUUCAUCUGUGGGGAUAUCCGUGGAGCGAACGCGACGGGGUGAUCUGCGUCGAUGCGUUGACACACGGAUAG